ACCUCUCACUGUCACCCGAGAAGCUCCGGGAAUCCAGAGUUUAUGGCUGGUAGCUCUGGAUUAACCAUUCCAGGGCUCCAAAGCAGGAGAGGAUCCUGGAGACUCUGCGUAUUCUUGUUCCUGACACCAAUUCAGAUAGUCACUGGAAACCAGGGAAGUAUUGUAGGAAGUUGCCCGUGUAACUUGAAGCUGUCUGGUUCCCUGACUACUACCCAGUGGAAGUUACUCAGAACUAAACUACUGGGAUAUGAAAACUGCCACAACUACAUAAGGUUCCGCCUGCCCAGAAUAACUCUGUGUUCAAGUCCUGAAAACUCCUGGGUCCAGAAGCUAAGGACCUGCUUUGACAACCAUGAAUGUGGACUUAACAGUACAUACCAGUCUGUAAGUCAGAGUCCUCAGGAUGAUUACCCCACCACCAGGAUCCAGGCCCAAACCCAACAGAAAUGGACCAAUCACUCCCAUUCCCAACCACUGAUCCAUUCUCCCAGACCAAUCUGUCAACAAGAACCCAGCCCAAAAGAAUGAGGAAUGACUCCACCAGUGCCCUUCUAGAGAACAGCACCAAAACCUGAAAUGGGCAGCCAAGAAGGGACAAGUGGACCAACUCAGCACCUCUGCUAUCAUAUCUGUUCCAUGCCUACUUGGGAUUGUCUUUGUCCUUCUUGUUUAUUUCUGGUGUCGAAAGCGAGGAGCUGUAGAAUCUCCAAAUCAGUAUCCCAAAGGUAAAUGUGUGAUCCACGUCUUCUAAUCCCAUAAAUCUCAGCUGUCUCAAUGACCAAGAGAAUCUACCCUUCUAGGCUCUACUCCCUUUCUACCUGCUUAGUGUACUAUAAAAGCACUGGAUUUGGAGUUGAAGGACUGAGUUCAAAUUUGGCUUUUCCACUAUGUGACUUUGGGCCUUCAUUUUCUCAUUUACAAAAAAUGAGGGCUUUGGACUAGAUGAUCUCUGGGCCUCAUUCUUAUCUGUACAACAAGGGAUUUCCAACUCAAAAUUCUAAGUGGCAGAGCUAGGAGCUGAAGUCAGGUUUUGUGACUCAAGAACAGUAUUUUGUCCAUUUUACCAGUCUCCUACUUAGUCACCUUACAGAAAAAGAAAUGGAAUUACUAAGAUUCAACUCAGGUACUCUUGUUGAUUAGGGAGCACCUAAGAUAGUUAAUGGCCGAAUUAGAUCUAUGAAUCUGAUCUUCUGACUCUGAAUCUGUGGCUUUAUCUUGUGUAGCACUGUAAUCACCACAUGCUGAGUACCUACUGUUUAAGUAGUUCAAAGAAACCAUAAGACAGUCUGAUUUUAAGAGACAUAACUACCUAACCGAUCAAACAGGACUCAUCCUAAAAUACCUAACAGUUCAAGGAUAAUAGGCCAAGUACCAAAUGGUAGAGGUAGACAAUAUGGCACAGAUGAGGCCAGUUGUGAAAGACUCCAUAUGUGACUUAGAAGGGUUUUUGAAAGGGCAUAGCACUUGGAUAAAUAGAAAAUAAGCACUGAAACAUUCUAGGAUGAAUAAAUCAUUAUUAGAACAAAGGACAAAAGACAUGUUCUAGGAUCCAUGAAUAGAUUAGUUUUUGCCAUAGCAAAGAAUAAUGGGAAAUAAAGUUGGAGAAAGUGACAGGACUCAGAUUAUAUAAGAUUUUGUUGCCUAGUUUCAUAGCCUUCAGGAAUACCACAACUUUCAUUCUCUUCAAAGCUCCAGUCUCCCUUUUCUCUCAUCU